ACAUGUAACUACUGCAUCUGUUUCACACAGGCGUGAGGCUAAUUUCUUAUUUUUCGUGUGGUAAAAAAAACAACAACAAAACUGAUAAUUCGGUCAACAUGAGUUUCGAAGUUUUAUCGUAUGAAGGUUUGGUGCAUGCUGUGUCCGGAGCAAUGGGAAGUGUAACAGCCAUGACAGUCUUCUUCCCUCUGGAUACUGCCAGACUAAGACUUCAAGUGGAUGAGAAGAGGAGGGCCACUUCAACUCCAGCCAUUCUAGCAGAAAUAAUCAAGGAGGAAGGACUGCUAGCACCAUACAGAGGCUGGUUCCCAGUCAUCUGCAGCCUUUGCUGCUCCAACUUUGUGUACUUCUACUGCUUUCACAGCUUGAAGACCAGCUGGCUAAAGGGACAACGGUCAGCACCUUACACUGACUUACUGCUUGGCAUCGCUGCAGGGGUUGUAAAUGUUCUAGUAACCACUCCAUUGUGGGUGGUCAACACCCGGCUGAAGCUGCAAGGCUCCAAGUUUCACAACACAGAUAUUCAACCCACCAACUACCAAGGCAUUAUGGAUGCAUUCGUGCAGAUCAUUCGUGAUGAGGGAGUGGGGGCGCUUUGGAACGGCACCUUUCCCUCACUGCUGCUGGUCCUCAACCCUGCCAUCCAGUUUAUGAUUUAUGAAGGUCUAAAGAGGCAAUUGAGGAAAGGGGUUCCCAGGGAGCUCGCCUCUUUUGAAGUUUUCAUGAUUGGUGCAGUGGCCAAAGCUGUUGCCACAACUGUGACUUAUCCACUGCAGACCAUACAGUCAAUUCUUAGGUUUGGUCAGUUUAACAAGUCAACAAGCAAGUCAACACUGUUGUCCAGUUUCAUGGCAGUGAAGUGUCUGCUAGUCAACAGAGUGAGGAAGUUUGGUAUGUUGGGUCUGUUUAAAGGCCUGGAGGCCAAGUUGCUGCAGACGGUCAUGACUGCUGCCCUCAUGUUCCUUCUCUAUGAGAAGAUUGCCAGCUGCACCUUCAGAAUUAUGGGACUGCGUGACCACUACAAACACAGUCGCUAGCAAAAUUCUUCCCGACCAUGGAUACCCACUGAACUGUCCUUAUGCACUGAUAUAUUAUUGUAAUCCCCUGUUAUAGAUCACGUGAACUUUAGCCUAGCCAAUGGAUAUUCAAAAUCAGAUGAAUAAAUGUACUGUCUCAAUAAAUCUUAUUUAGUUUACAGGAAUUGCUCAUUUUCAAUACAUACAGUGCUGGCCAAAAGUAUUGGCACCCCUGCAAUUCUGUCAGAUGAUGUUCUUUCUCCGUGAAAAUGAUUGCAAUUACAAAUGCUUUGGUUGUAAUAUCUUCAUUUAUUUUGCUUGUAAUGAAAAAACACAAAAGACAAUGAAAAAAAAAUUAUUAUCAUUUUACACAAAACUCCAAAAAUGGGCCGGACAAAAGUAUUGGCACCCUCAGCCUAAUACUUGGUAGCAGAACCUUUAGACAAAAUAAAUGCGAACAACUGCUUCUGUUAUCCAUCAACAAGUUUCUUACAAUGCUCUGCUGGAAUUUUAGAUCAUUCUUCUUUGGCCAGCUGCUCCAGGUCUCUGAGAUUUGAAGGGUGCCUUCUCCAAACUGCCGUUUUCAGAUCUCUCCACAGGUGUUCUAUGGCAUUCAGGUCUGGACUCAUUGCUGGCAACUUUAGAAGUCUCCAGUGCUUUCUCUCAAACCAUUUGCUAGUGCUUUUUGAAGUGUGUUUUGGGUCAUUGUCCUGCUGGAAGACCCAUGACCUCUGAGGGAGACCCAGUUUUCUCAUACUGUGCCCUACAUUAUGCUGCAAAAUUUGUUGGUAGUCUUCAGACUUCA